CCCUCCUCAUUCGCUAGCAUGACGCUCCCUCGGCUCUCACACACUCUCUCCCACCCCUCUUUAACUUUCUUUCGUCCUUUAAACUAACUUUUCAACCGUAUUGAUAAUCUUUUUAAACCACCGCUGCCGUGAAGGGAAGAAAUGACUGUGUUGUCGACGGGAAUACGGCUUCGUGAGCACCGCUUCUGACAGCUGAGCUCCUUUGGCAAUGCCACAGUCCCAUCUCUGAUGAGACGAUGAGAACCCACACCCGCGGGGCCCCCACAGUCUUCUUCAUAAGUCUGCUGUGGCCCCUGCUCGCCCCAGCGGUGGCAGCGGAAGUGGAUCCCAGCGGAGGAAUCCCCUUCAUGGGAGGCAACUACAAUGGUCAUCCCAUGCUGUACUUCAACCGGGGGGACGUGGAGGAGCUGCAAUAUGCAGCGGCAGGGACUCAUAUGGACAUGGCAAGGAGGAUCCGCGAGGCUGGGGAGACCAUGCUGGAGCAUCCUGAGAUGUACUUGCCCCCCUGGAGCCCCGCAGAGUUCAGCGCCCGCUGGAACGAGGUGUAUGGAAACAACCUAGGUGUGCUGUCCAUGUUCUGCGUGCUGUACCCUCACAGGGCCGGGGCCCUCGACCUCGCCAAGGACUACAUGGAGAGGAUGGCGGCUCAGCCUAGUUGGUUGGUUAAAGAUGCCCCCUGGGAUGAAGUUCCUCUGGCGCACUCUCUGGUCGGGUUUGCCACCGCUUAUGACUUCCUGUAUGAGUACUUGAACAAGGGCCAACAGGAGCGUUUCCUACAGGUGAUCGGCAACGCGUCACGCCUGAUGUAUGAGAAGUCAUACGUCCGAGGCUGGGGGUUCCAGUACCUACACAACCAUCAGCCUACCAACUGUGUGGCUCUGCUCACAGGAAGCCUGGUUUACAUGACCCAAGGUUACCUCCAGGAGGCCUACCUGUGGACAAAGCAGGCCCUGUCUAUCAUGGAGAAGUCAAUGGUCCUUCUGCGCGAUGUGACGGAUGGUUCCCUGUAUGAAGGAGUAGCCUACGGGACUUACACCACCCGCUCUCUAUUCCAGUACAUGUUCCUGGUGCAGCGCCACUUUAGCAUCAGCCACUUCGAUCACCCCUGGCUCCUCAAACACUUCGCCUUCCUGUACAGGACUAUCCUGCCUGGAUUUCAGCGGACUGUAGCCAUUGCAGAUUCCAACUACAACUGGUUCUAUGGGCCGGAGAGCCAGCUGGUCUUCAUGGACCGUUACGUGUUACGUAAUGGCAGUGGAAACUGGCUGGCAGAACUGAUUCAUCAAAACAGGGUGACGGAGGGGCCGGGGCAGGCUGGAAAAGGACAGCGAUGGUGUACUCUCCACACAGAGUUCAUCUGGUAUGACCCAGGACUGAUUUCCAAGCCUCCAUCGGAUUUUGGAACAUCCCAACUCCACUACUUUGAGGACUGGGGCGUUGUGACGUACGGCAGCGCUUUACCUGCUGACACCAACCGCACCUUUCUCUCCUUCAAGUCGGGGAAGCUGGGAGGACGCGCCAUCUUUGAUAUCGUCCACAUGAACAAGUACAAAGAGUGGAUCAAAGGGUGGAGGAACUUUAACGCUGGUCACGAGCACCCUGAUCAGAACACUUUCACUUUCGCGCCCAACGGUGUCCCAUUCAUCACAGAGGCACUGUAUGGACCAAAGUACACUUUGCUGAACAACGCAGUGUUGUUUGGAUCUGCACUCUCAGGGAGUUGCUUUAAGCCGUGGGCUGGACAGGUUACGGAAGCCUGUGAUUCCAAGUGGUUAAAGUACAAAGCUGGACUGGCGGCUGAUGCCCAGGGCAAAGUCGAAGCUGCUAUGGAGAGACAGGGAAUGGUCUUCAUCCGCGGCGAGGGACACUCCGCUUAUAAUCCAGAGCUACAGAUUAGGAGCUUCCAGAGAAACCUGCUCCUUCUUCACCCACAGCUCCUGCUCCUUGUGGACCACAUCCACCUGGAGCCAGACAGCCCAACCAGGGCCAUGAGCGCCUUCUUUCACAACACAGAACUUCCAUUCCAGAGUACAAAGGUAGAUGGCGUUCAUGGAGCAUUUGUAUCACAUGGUGAGGAUAAAUAUAAGAUGUUCUGGAUGGAUGACACAGGCUACAGUAACAAAGGAGUGGUAGGUUACUGGAAUUACCCUCGAGGGUACCCGUAUAAUGGCUCCAACUAUGUGAACGUCACAAUGCCAUUGAGAUAUCCUCACACUAGGGUGGCCUAUAUUUUCUUUGGACCAGGUGUGGAUGUACAGAGCUUCAGCCUGCGCGGUGAUGACCAGAGAGUGGAUAUCUACCUGGCCACCAAGGAUCACACCUACACUAUCUACCUGCUGACCGGAGAGGUCACCAGCAAGCCUCUGUUCGCCAUGGUGCUGCUGGACCACAAGAAGAUCGUAUUAGAGAAGUCAGCGGCCGUGGAGGACAGCUCACCUGAAGAAGUAGAGGAAUAAGUCAACGUGAUGGAGGACAACCUCCAGCAUGUCAAGCCCGUCUUCCAGCAGAUGGAGAGACACAUACUGGGACGGGUUCUAAACACUGCCAGCUUCCGCAAGACUGCAGAGCGCCUCCUCCAGUUCACUGACAAGAAGAAGACGGAGGAGGUCAUAGAGAAGAUGUUUGCUAUGUCGAAGAAACAGGGCAAGGGUAAAGGGGGGAAGAAAAUGAACUUUGGGGAGAAGCUUUCAGAGAGUCUACCUGACAUUUUUGCACAGAUCGAGGCGAAUGAGAAAAAGGUGAGACAGAGGACUUCAAAGCGUACAUAUGAGGACAGUCCAGAGGAGGGAGAGGGAGACACGCGGGCCUUUGUGGAUUAUACAGACGGCCGCAAAAACAAGAAGGGGGCCUUUGUCAAGGGCCGCAAAUUCAAGGAGGUUCACAUGGUGGCCACAGCAGGGAGCGAGGGUCUCUCCAGCACCGCCUCCUACAUAAGACUCUUCCUCCUUCUGAACACCGCCACCUUCUUUUUGCUGCUGGCCGUGUUACUGACUCGCUUCCAGAGAGGUCGGAGUUUGCACACACAGAGAUGCUUCUACACCAUCCUCCUGAUCGACUGCUUCAUCUUACUGUACCUGUACUCCUCCUGCUCUCACACACAGUGUUAACGUCAUGAGAGUGUGAGGGGGUCUUCCAGAUCCAAUGACCAUGGUGACCUUAAAGCACCCCACGCCUCAGUCUGAGCCAGAUCUUACCAGUAUUUGGGCCAAUUUAAAAAAAAUAAAUAAAUAAAAAAGCUGAGAUUUUGGGAAUUGUUUGGGAUUUUUUUUUUUUUUUUUUUUUUUUUUGACGAAAAAGUAAUGUUGGGGAAUAAAUUUGUAAUUUUACAAGAAAAAGGUCAGUAUUUCAACAAUAAAGUCAGAAUGUGGUGAAACUAUUGACAUACUUACAUCUGCUGUUACUGUAGUCACACAGUCAGUCAGCUUUUACUGUCAGAUGAGGGAUACAGAUGAGCUGAAGUUAUAGAUUUCAUCAGUGACGACAUUAUAGGUUUUAGGACAAUAAAUGAGAUGAAAACAAUGACAUCACAUAACAGGAUGCCUAUUUUAUCGUAAAAUGAUGUAACGUGACCUUUUCUAGAAAUUCCAACGUCAUUUUCUUAAGACAUUUUAUUCUUAUAUCAUGGCUUUUAUUCUUGUUAUAUGAUUUUUCAGCCCCCUCUAACUCCCAGGGCAUUAAAUACCACUGCUUUGUUACGUCCCUCAGCAUGUGGUAUUGACGCCAAAGGCACCCUUUAGCAUCUUUAUGACUUACCAGGCUAUCAGCUAACUCUGAUGUAAACCUAUCCGCAGCAAUACAUAGUGCUCCGAGCAACAUGAGUGGUGUAGAGACGAUAAAGGAGAUCCAGGAGACCCACAGGUUGUGUCCAGUGUGAAUCCAAAAGUAAAUGCUGUGCUGACAUAACGUUAAGUUAACUGUCAUAUCUAUACCCCAUGUGAAUCCAAAAGGCAGUGUUGUGUUGAUGUAACGUUAAAUCACUUUUGUGUCUACAUCCCGUGUGAAUCCAAAAGUCAGUGUUGGUUUAAUAUUACCAAACGCAAUUUACAUACAGUCCUCACAUUACAUUACGUUACGUUACGUAACAAACAUACAUAAUUUAACCCAAAACAUUAUCUUUCAUCUUAACCUGACCAAGUAGUUUUGUUGCCUAAACCUAACUAUGACCAUAUAACACCACGUGUUCCAAUGUGGUUCAGCUGUGAGUCACAUAGAUACGAAAAGAUUCCCAGUGUGUCGCUUUGAGACACCGAAGGGCGUGACAAAGAGUUUGUAUGUGAUGACCUGGGUAUUUGAGUGAUCUUUUACAGUAUUACAGUUUUUAUUUUUUGAUGUUAUAUGACUUUUUAAAUUAUAAUCUUUAUAAUAUUUUGAUUUUAGCUCUUUUAAUAUUUUUUUCUAUAAAUAGACAUUACUCUCCUAAUAUGACUUUUUCUGUUUUACUUAUGUAGUCCAAAAUCACAAAUUUGCCUCAGGGGGCCUAAGGAUAGUCAUCUAUAAAUUAUUAUGACAUUUUCUAAAAGUUACAACUGUAUUCUCUCAACAUUCUGAUGUUUCACCCCAGAAUAUUAUGAAUGUAUUCCUAAAAUCUCAGAUUUUUUUUUAACUAUGGGCCAAAUACUGGUAAGAUCUACCUAAUGGGUGUUCAGGAAAAACAACUGAUUCCAAAUAGGAAUUGAAGAAUUGCCAAGAUGAAACCAGACCACCUCUGAUGUAUAAGCUUCUGUGGAGCUUUAGUCUGUGUGAAGUUGGUCCUUUGUAGUGUUCAGAGGUCCUGCCUUGUAUCAAAGAUCUCAAGGUUAGCCACUAUGAUACAGUCGCCACAUCUGUACUUGAGAUUUGUCCUGUCUACAUAGUUCAUAGAAAUGCAUUUAAAUGUAUAUAUGUGAAAGCAAGAUAUAUUUUUAUGGUGUUUGUUUUUUUUACCAAAUGUAAAUAAAAUUACUACAUGCAUAGGUA